CAAUAACAAGUCCCACUAUAGCGAGUGAACUGCAUAUACAUAAUUGGAUCCAUUUAGCUCUAGCUUAUCACUAAAACCAAGCAGUUCGCCAGUGCGGGGGCAAAUAAUCACACAAUCGCGUUGCUCAUUCGAUUUUUGAGAGUAUCAAGUGGCUCAUUUCAAAUAGUUUUUUAUGCGAGUAUAUACAGAAUAUGCAGUAUAUAAAUAAACUAUUGUACAUAAGAAACGGUAUUUACAAAUAAAUAAUAAACAGGCCCGUUGAGCUCUCGACCACUGAACUUAGACGUAGAAAAAAAAUUGAAACUAGAAGUGAUAAGAACGCAGUGCGCGGUUCCACGCUGUGCGGAUUUCUUCUUCGCUAUAAAUUCGGUUGAUUUGGAGUGGCACACACUCCAAGAGCUUCAAUUCCAAAACAAUUAUAGAAACAAUAUUGUGUGACGAUAUCUUUUACUGUUACUCGUAGUUUUAUCAAUGAGAACUCACUUAUGCACUUCAAAGAUAAAUUUUUAUGCAACUUGUAACUAUAAAAUCAUUGCUUCGCUUGGGAAAGGAUUCAUUCAGUGGGUUGUGGUUCUCAGGUGUUGACUUUUCAAAAAAAAAGUGAAAAUUAAAAGAAGUGCUUCAAAAUGUUUAAAAAUGUUCUAAAAUAUUUACUAUUAGUGCUUUUUGUUCUAAAUUAUGUUGCCGCUUUAGAAAAUGGUUUAGCUAGGACACCACCCAUGGGCUGGAUGCAUUGGGAACGUUUCCGUUGUAUCACCGAUUGUGAAAAAUAUCCUAACGAGUGCAUAAGUGAACAACUUUUUAAACGUACUUCGGAUAUGUUAGUCUCUGAAGGAUAUGCAGAUGCUGGUUAUGAAUAUGUUAUCAUUGAUGAUUGCUGGCUAGAGAAGGAUCGUGAUAAUGUCACACAAAAAUUGGUACCUGACGCCAUACGAUUUCCUAGUGGACUUAAUGCUUUGGCUGAUUAUAUACAUCAGAAAGGUUUAAAAUUCGGUUUAUAUCAAGAUUAUGGCACAAAUACUUGCGCAGGUUAUCCAGGUGUAAUUAAUCACAUGGCAUUGGAUGCUAAAACAUUUGCCGAUUGGGAUGUGGAUUAUGUUAAAUUAGAUGGUUGUUAUGCCAAUAUCAACGAUAUGGAUCAAGGUUAUCCAGAAUUUGGACGUUUACUUAAUAAGACUGGUCGUUCAAUGGUUUACUCAUGUAGUUGGCCGGUAUAUCAAGAAUACGAAGGCAAAUUGCCUAAUUAUGAAGCAUUGAAAGAGCAUUGUAAUUUAUGGCGCAAUUGGGAUGAUAUCGAUGACUCGUUUGAAUCUGUUGCGCAUAUCAUGGACUACUUCUCAAAGAAUCAAGAUCGCAUACAACCACAUGCUGGACCAGGUCAUUGGAAUGAUCCAGAUAUGUUAAUUUUAGGUAACUACGGUCUUAGCUAUGAUCAAAGUAAAUUGCAAAUGGCAAUUUGGUCUAUAUUAGCUGCGCCAUUGAUAAUGUCAAACGACUUAGCAGCUGUGCGACCAGAAAUAAAAGCAAUUCUACAAAAUAGAGAUAUCAUUGCUGUAGAUCAAGAUCCUUUAGGUAUACAAGGUCGCCGUGUAACUCUCAGAAAUAAUAUUGAGGUUUGGACUAGACCUAUCACCCCUGUUAGCACUUCAGGUGAAUAUUCAUACGCUGUCGCAUUUGUUAGCCGCCGUACCGAUGGCGCACCUUAUACCACUAAAUUUAUAUUGCAAGAAAUUGGUUUACGAAAUAUCCGUGGAUAUAGUGCUGUGGAUUUGUUUGAUUCAAAAAUUCGUUUGGGAAAGUUUAAGUCGAUAAGCACAUUUGAAACACGCGUGAAUCCUAAUGGUGUAACUUUCUUUAAAUUUACUGCUUUAUAAAAUGUAAUAAAAUAUUUAAAAAU